GCUACCUACCAACCUCACAAUACCAUCCCUUCCUAGGGGCGCAGGAGAGCAUUCCCUGCCGCCCCCAGACCCCUCAACUGUCAGCCCCAUCAACCCAGAGGUGGAGGCAACAGCAGCAAUAGUUGCAUCAGCGCUCUGGGCCCCAGCGCCAGGAGGGUACAGUAGCAACUGUAGGGAGCUAGGGAGCGCACAGCUGCUGCGGCCGCAGGUUCCCUGGAUCAGGAAAUUAGGGCAGGCAACCGGGAUUGGAGGGCUGGUAACUUGUUGUGCGGAGCGAACGGCGACAACGACGGCGGCGGCGGCGGCGGCACCAUCCGGGCGGGCAGCAUGGGCACGUCCGCGCGCUGGGCGCUGUGGCUGCUGCUCGCGCUGUGCUGGGCGCCCCGGGACAGCGGCGCCUCUACAAGCGGGAAAAGAGCCAGAUGUGAUAACUCCCAGUUCCAGUGCACAAAUGGCCGUUGUAUUACUCUGCUGUGGAAAUGUGACGGCGAUGAAGACUGUGCAGAUGGCAGCGAUGAAAAGAACUGUGUAAAGAAGACAUGUGCUGAGUCUGACUUCGUGUGCAAAAACGGCCAGUGUGUUCCUAAUAGAUGGCAAUGUGAUGGGGACCCUGACUGUGAAGACGGUUCUGAUGAAAGCCCAGAACAGUGCCAUAUGAGAACAUGCCGCAUAAAUGAAGUCAGCUGUGGCGCCCGUUCUACUCAGUGUAUCCCAGUGUCCUGGAGAUGCGAUGGUGAAAAUGAUUGUGACAAUGGAGAAGAUGAAGAAAACUGUGGCAACAUAACAUGUAGUGCUGACGAGUUCACUUGCUCCAGUGGUCGCUGCGUCUCCAGGAACUUUGUGUGCAAUGGCCAGGAUGACUGUGAUGAUGGCAGUGACGAGCUGGAUUGUGCGCCACCCACCUGCGGUGCCCACGAGUUCCAGUGCAGCACCUCCUCGUGUAUCCCCCUCAGCUGGGUGUGUGAUGAUGACGCGGACUGCUCGGACCAGUCAGAUGAGUCUCUUGAACAGUGUGGCCGUCAGCCAGUGAUACAUCUGAAAUGUCCUGCCAGCGAGAUCCAGUGUGGCUCUGGCGAGUGCAUUCACAAAAAAUGGCGGUGUGACGGCGACCCUGACUGUAAGGAUGGCAGUGAUGAGGUCAACUGCCCUUCUCGAACCUGCAGACCUGACCAAUUUGAAUGUGAAGAUGGGAGCUGCAUACAUGGCAGCAGGCAAUGCAAUGGCAUCCGAGACUGUGUGGACGGCUCUGAUGAAGUCAACUGCAAAAAUGUCAACCAGUGCUUGGGCCCUGGAAAAUUCAAGUGCAGAAGUGGGGAAUGCAUAGACAUCAGCAAAGUGUGUGACCAGGAGCAGGACUGCAGGGACUGGAGUGAUGAGCCUCUGAAGGAAUGCAAUGUCAACGAAUGCUUGAUUAAUAACGGUGGCUGCUCCCAUAUCUGCAAGGACCUAGUUAUAGGCUAUGAAUGUGACUGCGCAGCCGGGUUUGAGCUGAUAGACAGGAAAACCUGUGGAGAUAUUGAUGAAUGCCAAAAUCCGGGGAUCUGCAGUCAAAUUUGUAUCAACUUAAAAGGCGGUUACAAGUGUGAAUGUAGUCGUGGCUAUCAAAUGGAUCUUGCCACUGGCGUGUGCAAGGCAGUAGGCAAAGAGCCAAGUCUGAUCUUUACUAAUCGAAGAGACAUCAGGAAGAUUGGCCUAGAGAGGAAGGAAUACAUCCAGCUUGUAGAACAACUAAGAAACACAGUGGCUCUCGAUGCUGACAUUGCAGCCCAGAAGCUAUUUUGGGCCGAUCUGAGCCAAAAGGCUAUCUUCAGUGCCUCAAUUGAUGACAAGGUUGGUAGACAUUUUAAAAUGAUCGACAAUGUCUAUAAUCCUGCAGCCAUUGCUGUUGAUUGGGUGUACAAGACCAUCUACUGGACUGAUGCGGCUUCUAAGACUAUUUCAGUAGCUACCCUAGACGGAGCCAAGAGGAAGUUCCUGUUUAACUCUGACUUGCGAGAGCCUGCCUCCAUAGCUGUGGACCCAUUGUCUGGGUUUGUUUACUGGUCUGACUGGGGUGAGCCAGCUAAAAUAGAAAAAGCAGGGAUGAAUGGAUUUGACAGGCGUCCACUGGUGACCGAAGACAUCCAAUGGCCUAAUGGAAUUACAUUAGACCUUGUCAAAAGCCGCCUCUACUGGCUAGAUUCCAAGUUGCACAUGCUGUCCAGUGUGGACUUGGAUGGCCAAGAUCGGAGGAUAGUGCUCAAAUCUCUGGAGUUCCUAGCUCACCCUCUUGCACUCACAAUAUUUGAGGAUCGUGUCUACUGGAUAGAUGGAGAAAAUGAAGCAGUGUAUGGUGCCAAUAAAUUCACUGGGUCAGAACUGGCUACUCUAGUCAACAACCUCAAUGAUGCUCAAGAUAUCAUUGUCUACCAUGAACUCGUUCAGCCAUCAGGUAAAAACUGGUGUGAAGAGGAUAUGCAGAAUGGGGGAUGUGAAUACCUCUGCCUACCAGCACCACAGAUUAAUGAUCACUCUCCGAAAUAUACCUGUUCCUGUCCCAAUGGGUACAAUCUUGAGGAAAAUGGACGAGAGUGUCAAAGUACUUCAACUCCUGUGACUUACAGUGAGACAAAAGAUAUCAACACAACAGACAUUCUACGUACUAGUGGACUGGUUCCUGGAGGGAUCAAUGUGACCACAGCAGUAUCCGAGGUCAGUGUUCCCCCAAAAGGAACUUCAGCUGCUUGGGCCAUCCUUCCUCUCUUGCUCUUGGUAAUGGCAGCAGUAGGUGGGUACUUGAUGUGGCGGAAUUGGCAACAUAAAAACAUGAAAAGCAUGAACUUUGACAAUCCUGUGUACUUGAAGACCACUGAAGAGGACCUCUCAAUAGACAUCGGUAGACACAGUGCUUCUGUCGGACACACGUACCCAGCAAUAUCAGUUGUCAGCACAGAUGAUGAUCUGGCUUGACCUCUGAACAAGUCUUGACCGCUGAGGUCUGAACCAGUAACACCCCACUCCGGAAUGGUAACCAAGCCAGCGCUGAAGUCUCCUUUUUUCCACCCAUCUGGAAGAACAUCAAGAUAUCCUUCCGUGGAUCAAGUUUGUGUGCUUCACCAUUUUUAUAUUCCUUUUGUAAAUAUUCUUGGCCACAUUCUACUUCAGCUUUGGAUGUGGUUACCAAGUGUCUGUAACCCUUGAAUCUCUAGACAGUAUUGCCAACUCUGGCCAAAUAUGCACUUUCCCUAGAAAGCCAUAUUCCAGCAAUGAACCUUGUGCUAUAGUGACUCCCACCUGUACAUACAUUGUAUAGGCCACCUGUACAUAUCCCAGAGAACAAUCACUAUUCUUAAGCACUUUGAAGAUAUUUCUAUGUAAAUUAUUGUAAACUUUUUCAAUGGUUGGGACAAUGGCAAUAGGUUAAAACGGGUUACUAAGAUGAAAUUGCCAAAAAAAAAAAAAUUUGUAAACUAAUUUUGUACGUAUGAAUGAAAUCUUUGACCUCUGUGGAGGUUUGCAAAGACUGACUUCAAACUACUGUACAUUUUUUUCAAGUGCUAAAAAAUUAAACCACACAGCUUAACCAUGGUUUUGAUUAUUCCUCUAAGAUGGACUGGGAACAGCCUGUGUCUCACCAAAUGUUCUAGACAUCUGAGCUAUAGCUCUUGGUGUUGUAUAGCUAGCUCAUAAUCGGCUAGUAUCUUUUGUA